UAGCAACGGAGGCAUUGUUGUAACAGUCGAGCGCGUGUACAAUCAAGUCGAGCCGAUCCGUAGUCUUUGAAAGUUUGUUUCGCAAAAACGCGCGUGCGUUCUGUUGCUUGCGGUUACGCGUUGUAGUUAAACGCGAACCCUGCAGUUUUUGUUGCCGCGGUGUUCAGUGGAGUUUCUUCUGUCAGGAGAAUAGGAACCCGCAAUUCGAGGGUGACAACGCCGAGCGUUUGCCGCAGUUGUUUGCGAGAUUCCCGAAGUUGACUAGCUGGCCGUCUGUGAAAGCCAGGCAACUGAAACUCCAUGGAUCAUGACUACACUCCACUACAUGAAUCCCCUCCGCCACUCAACAUAAAACGAGAACUUGGCUCCGGGACUGUCAACGGCGAUCAUGUCGUGCACGCUGCAUCUGAACAAGCUGAUGGAGCAAAGAAACCGAAGAAACAUAAGGCAUCAAGUUCGGUGCGCUGUGACCCGACCGUCAUGGAAUUGUGUGAAAUUCUUGCCGACCCAGCACGUCUUGAAGCUUUCCUCUGUGAAUAUGGCCUUGGCAUUACACCACCUCCUCCUCCAUCAGCAGUUCUCCUGACACAUCCAAGGCGCAUGGGCCGACCUUGCACAGCAAGCCAGGUUUGGGGCAUCUGCUCAGUGCUCAAGUUUAACCCUCUGCUGCCAGAUUGCAAAGGUUGCAUCACGACUUUCGUACGAAAAGGUGUCAAGGAUGGUCGCCCCGCCUAUCGCUGCAGUAACUGUCGAAAGCAGAUCUCGCAGCUGAAUGGUCCGACACCUUGGGCUCAGAAGUCUGCUGCGUCACCAGCAUCAUUCUUCUGCCAGAUGGACUGCAGAGGCCGUCCAAAUGUGAGGCUUUCAAAAUGCGAGAUUCUAUGGAUAGUGUACUGCAUGGCUAAAGACCUGACAGUCGCCAAAACGACAGAGCUUGGAUAUGCUGUGAGAACCCCGACCAUCAUCUACUGGAGACAGCGGGUGCGUCAGGCCGUCUCGCAGAGCCUCUCUGGCCACCCCCGCAUGGGUGGGAGUUCGGAAAGGGUGCAGGUUGGCGUCUUCAAGCUGAAGUUCAAGAGCUCAAGCAGUGACUAUCCAAUUUUGAUCUUAGGUCUACUGGCUGAAUCAACGGGGGAACUUCGGCUCUUGCAUGUUGACAAUGACGAUCCCGACUGUAUCGCUCAGAUUGUCGCAAAAGGGGUGCUUCCUGAAACCAAAAUCGUCUCGACUGGCGGCAAGGUAUUCAGCCACAUUGAAGCAGCUGAAGAUGAGGAUGGUCCAAUGCGCCUAGUCCAUGACGAUGGCUCCCAGAACGAUGGUGCUACCACAAAAUCGGGGUCAAAGAGGCAGAAUUCUUUUUGCAACACCCAAAAGAUUCUCUGCUUGUGGAGGCGGGUGCGUUCAAAACUGAUGUUGAUUAGCUGCUCAAAAGACCCCAAUGCACUCCAGGGUCACCUGGACUGGUUUUGGUGGCUGUCAAUGAAUGGUGUUGGGCACUGCAAAGAUCCAUUCUUGCGGCUACUCGAAUCUAUAGUGAAAGCUUAUGAUAAAUAGCGAAAGAAGUCUGCGCGAUCUCCCUGGAACAGCAGUUGUUUGCCUUUGUACAUUUUGUAAGCCCUAUCUACAAGUGAUGUUUUAACUUAUGGUUCCCCAUUGUUGUAAGAUUAUUCCGCAACGGACUCUGUUUUCUGAAAUGAUCAAGUGUAUAAUUCUGAUAGGCUCUUGAGGCAGAGAGCAUUUAUUGAGGAAAACUUGUAAAGGCAAUUGUGAAUGGUCUUGCUAGCCAAUAAACCAAGAGUUUGUUGAACCUGUC